AUGCCAACCCUCAAGCCUGCAAAAACAAGGGCUUUCAAGCUUCAAAUCCACCAGUUAUUCAAUUCCCGUGCUCUAGCCAUAGGCUUCCGGGCAUCAUUGGCGGCCUCCGGCCAGCAGCAAGGCGAGCUCUGCUCCAGCGCCGGGCAAAUGGGAUCCAGUCGACCACCACCCCGCACCCAGGACUUCUUCCCGGCUCCGGCGCUCUCCCUCUCGCUUGCGGUUGCCUUUGGCCGGAACGAACCGGCGGCGUCUGGUGGAGAGGGAGUGGAGGCAGGCGACGAGGGCGAUGGCGGGAUCAGACUACGGCAAGGUGAGGCGGCGGAGAUCAGCAGCGAGAACACGGGGCCGGGGAGCCAGUCCGGCGGUGCAUGGUCCGGCGGGGAAGAAGCAGCGGGCCAUGGAGACGGGGGUGGCAACAAGAGGAGGAAGAGCUACCACAGGCACACCGCUGAGCAGAUCAAGGCCAUGGAGGCGGUAUUCAGAGAGUCCCCGCAUCCAGACGAGAAGCAGCGGCAGCAGCUCAGCCAGGAGCUCGGCCUCUCUGCACGCCAAGUCAAGUUCUGGUUCCAGAACCGGCGAACUCAGAUCAAGGCAACCCAGGAGCGGCACGAGAACUCGCUGCUCAAGUCCGAGAUGGAGAAGCUCCAGGAGGAGAACCGCGCCAUGCGAGAGCUCGUCAAGAAAUCGCCACGCUGUCCAGGCUGUGGCGCCGCCGCCGCGAGCACCGAAGAGCAGCAGCUCCGGCUGGAGAACGCCAAGCUCAAAGCCGAGAUAGAGAGGCUGCGCGGGACGCCGGGAAACACCACCACCGAUGCGGUCGCCUCCCCGGCCUCGCCGUCGUGCUCCGCGCAGGCCAUCCAAAUCAAGAGCAGGAGCUCAGUCGAAGGGGACGUCCACGGCGGUGGCCUCUUGGGGCGCGACAAGACGAGUAUCCUGGAGCUGGCCGGCCGCGCGCUGCACGAGCUGGCGACGAUGUGCUCCUCCGGGGAGCCGCUCUGGGUGCGCAGCGCCGAGACCGGCCGCGACGUCCUGGACUACGACGAGUACGCGCGGCUGUUCCAGCGCGGCGACGUUCCCGGCGACCAGCGGCCCGGGUGGUCUGUUGAGGCGUCAAGGGAAACCGGUGUUGUUUACCUCGACACGACGCGGCUCGUGAAUGCUUUCAUGGAUGUGAACCAAUGGAUGAUGCUAUUUCCUACCAUGAUCUCGAAGGCCGCGACGCUGGGUGUGAUCCAAGUAAUCGAGAACGAUGACCAAGACGGCGUCGUGCAAUUGAUGUUCGCAGAGGUCCAGACGCUGACACCGCUGGUACCAACAAGGGAGUUCAACUUCCUUCGUCACUGCAAGAAGCUUACUGCUGACAAAUGGGCCAUGGUCGAUGUCUCCGUCGACGACGUUGAACCGGAAGCACAGACGACGUCGUCGACGGCUUGCAAGUGCUUGAAGAAGCCCUCGGGGUGCGUCGUAGAAGAGCAGAGCAACGGCCGCUGCAAGGUGACCUGGGUGGAGCACGCCACAUGCCGCAACGCCGCGGUUCCGUCCAUGUAUCGGUCAGCGGCCGCGAGCGGCCUGGCGUUCGGCGCGAGGCGCUGGGUGGCGGCGCUCCAGCUCCAGUGCGAGCGGAUGGUCUUCUCGGUGGCGACCAACAUUCCGGCAAGGGACUCGAGCGGCGUCGCCACACCGGCGGGCAGGAGGAGCGUCCUGAAGCUGGCGCACCGGAUGACAUCGAGCCUGUGCCGCGUCAUCGGCGGAUCGCGGGACCUGGCGUGGAGCCGACCGGCGUCGAACCGCGGCGGCGGCCAGGGCGACGGCGUCCGGAUGACGUCGCGGAGGAACAUCGGCGACCCUGGCGAACCGCGGGGGCUGAUCGCGUGCGCCGUGCUGUCGGCGUGGCUGCCGGUGAACCCGGCGGCUCUCUUCGACUUCCUCAGGGACGAGUCGCGGCGCCACGAGUGGGACGUGAUGCUGCCGCCCGGGCGACCCGUUCAGAGCUGCGCCAGCGUGGCGAAGGGGAAGGACCGCCGCAACUGCGUCACGGCAUACGCCGCGAGAUCACCCGCGGGAGAGCAGGGCAGCGAGUGGAUCCUCCAGGACAGCAGCACCAACCCCUGCGAGUGCACCGUCGCGUACGCGCCGGUCGACGCGGCGGCCCUGCGGCCGGUGAUCGACGGGCACGACUCGAGCGGCGUGGCCCUGCUGCCGUGCGGCUUCGCGGUGAUGCCGGACGGCCUGGAGCCCAGGCCCUCGGUGAUCACGUCGAGGAAGGGGGAGGAGGAGAGCAGGGCGGCGGCAGAGGCGGGCGGGUCGCUGGUCACCGUGGCUUUCCAGGCGCUGGCCAGCUCGUCGCCGACGGCGGAUGAUGCGCUUCCGCCGGACUCCGUGGAGGCCGUGGCGGGCCUGGCGUCGUGCGCGCUGGGCAACAUCAAGAAGGCGAUGCGGUGCGAGGAUUGCUGAUUUACCUUUACCGGAAAUACGAUGUCACACUGCGGGCGCGAGUGGAAAUCUUGUUGAAUUGCAUAGGGUCUGCUGGUUCCUACAGAACAUGCAUAUACUUGCAAAAAACGUGUGCAGCUAAAGGAUGUGAUAGAUACAUACUUGGAACAUGUUGAAUCCUGUGACGACUCAAUACCCCCGUUUCUUCUCCAGGUACGGCCGCCGCACCGCCGUGGGCACGACGUCGACCUCCCAAUCGUGUGCCCCACUUGCGCACGGAUCAGUGGUUGCGGUUCGCCAAAGAUAUGCGCCGCCGGCACACACCACAACAACAAACCGCAAAUAAUGUGGAGGAUGGAGCUCACCGUUGCCGGCACGUUACGCUUUCUUCCAAAAAAAAUAAGUACAAAAAUGUCAUCCUGCCACGCCGA